CAGAGAGAGAGAGCCAGCACUAGGCGCACUGUAGCUAAAACGAGAGCACCUGACAUACUCAGUUCUCGCGUGUGUUCACGCGCCGACGCGAUACUCUCCCGCCGCCAACGGCAUUGCCUCUACAGCCGUUCUCCUUCCUUUUCCACCGGCCACGGCUCUCCACCAAGCAGUCAAAACCCUCGCUCUACCCGCCUGCACUAAACCCUAACCCUCUCCACAUUUCAGACUUGUAAACAAUGGCACCAAAUGCGCAUAUAAAAAAAGCAAUUACAGCUAUGAAGGCUCUUGGAAUAGAGGAAGCGCAGAUAAAGCCUGUCUUGAAAAACCUUCUCGCUCUUUACGAUAAGAAGUGGGACUUGAUAGCCGAGGACAACUACAGGGCACUCGCUGAUGCUAUCUUCGAGGCCCAAGACACUCAGGCCGUUGAAGAGAAAAAAGGAAAGGAGAAGAAGGCCAACGACGAAGCUGAAGGCAGCGCUGCAGAGGUUGACAGAGGAAAGAGGAAGGCGCAUGAGACUGUAGAAGACGAUGAAGACGCCUUGGAUGAGCCUGAACGCCCUUUAAAGAGGCUGCGGCGCAGAGGUGGUGAAGUAGUCUCUGCUUCGGCUUCAAACAGUCCCAGCUUGGGCAGUCCCUGUUUAAAUGAGACUCAUGACAAAGAAACUGCGCCUGUCUCAUUGCCAUUUCAUCCCAUACCAACCGAAAAUGACCCUGAUGCUGGUGCUCUCGUUAUUCCAAAAGGCGAGCCCUCCACAGAUAUUCCUUUCACUUCUACUCAUCAAGAUUCCUUAGAAAAUGGGAACUCUUCAGCUCCCAUGCCUGAGGCGGAGGAAACAAAUGGACGUGUGGAAGAGCCGCGUGGUUCAACAGCAGCUACUGUCGACGUUCCUACAACAACUAUUGAGAGAGCUAGUGAGCACACGGUGGCUACAACCCCAGAAGGAAUUUCAGCGCUUGAGUUAGCUUCUUCUGCAACCGGUGAAGUGAAGAUUAAUCUGAGUUUUGCUCCUGCAACGGGAGGAUCCAGUCUGCAUGCACCUUCUAUGGAUGAACUACGAAGAGCAAUGGAAGAUGUGUGUCUCCGGCAGUACAAAAUACUAGAUCCUAACUUUUCUGUAAGUCGCUUUUUGAACGACAUCGCUAGCUCCUACCUGGAACUGGCAACGAAGGCAGAACAACCAGCCAACCAGUCUCCAGAAAACUUGCCGUCUCUCACCACAAAUGUUGACGUAUUGAAGAAAUCUGCAGCAGCGAUGGCUUUUGCUGCUGAGGGCGGUAAUGACCUGGCAGCAAAGGUGAUGAAUUCAGCCAACCAAUCGCCAGAAAGCUUGCAAACGACGAAGGUUGAUGUAGCAUUAAGCAAAUCUGCUGCUGCAACUACGGCUAAUACUUCUACGGACAGAAAUGGUCAUGUGCGUGAUGAUGAAAACAGUGGAGCUGGUGAAUCCAUGGGUUUGGUGGUUGUUCCCGAGUGCCAUAUUUCUGCGGAUGAGUUAAGAAUGAUCAGCAGCGUCAGUGACAUCACUUUUGGAAAAGAAACUGUUGAGAUUCCUUGGGUGAAUGAAGUCAAUACCAAGGUUCCUUCACCUUUUCGAUACAUGACCCAAAGCCUUGUGUAUCUAGAUGCUGAACUGAAGUUUUCACUUGGGAACGUCAAGGACCAAUGCUGCUCCUCUUGUUGUGGAGAUUGCUUGUCUCCAGCAAUGGCAUGCAGUUGUGCAACUGCACUUGGUGGCUUUGCAUACACAAAAGAUGGCCUCCUGCAGAAAGAUUUCCUGGAAGAGUGUAUCUCCGAGGCCCGUAAUCCGCAGAAACAGGUGGUGCAGUAUUGCAAAGAAUGUCCAUUAGAGAUUGCCAAAAACGAGGAGACUUUGGAACCGUGCAAGGGGCAUCUAAAGAGGAAGGCCAUCAGAGAAUGUUGGAUCAAUUGCGGCUGUACUAAGAAGUGUGGCAACCAAGUCGUCCAGCAUGGCCUUCACACUAAGCUGCAGGUGUUUUUCACGUCCAAUGGGAGAGGUUGGGGACUUAGGACUGUAGAAAAGCUGCCGAAGGGGGCAUUUGUCUGUGAGCUUGCUGGAGAGAUAUUGACCAUUUCAGAGUUGGUCCAACGCAGCAGCUCGGAGAAACUUACUUCUCCGGUGAUACUGGAUGCACACUGGGGUUCUGAAGAAGUCUCACGUGUCAACAGAGCUCUUUGUCUUGAUGGAACGCACUAUGGAAAUAUCUCCAGGUUUAUCAAUCACAGAUGCGUGGAUGCAAAUUUGAUUGAGAUUCCAGUUCAUGUGGAGAAUAUGGACUUGCACUACUAUCAUCUUGGGCUCUUCACAACAAGAGAUAUCGAGGCCAUGGAGGAACUUACCUGGGAUUAUGGCGUGGAGUUCAACGAUCAGGUGUAUCCCACGCGUCCAUUCCAUUGUCGAUGUGGUAGUGAGGUUUGUCGGAACGUUAAGCGGAGCAGCAAAAGCAAGAAGUCGAAGAAGAGAGCAUGAGAGCUCCCAGUGUUAGUUUUUGAAGAUGUGUGAUGGUCCCAAUCUCUCUUUUGUGAAUGUAUUGACAAAAUUUCCCCAAAACUUUUGUUGUCAAUCCGACAAAGCAAAUAUGCAAAAACGGUUGGUGGGUCCAUCCAUCUUAGGGGUUAGAUUAAUCGGAGGAUGAUGCUUUUGUCUUUAAUAUUUUGUGAUAACAAGCUUUUGUGUAUACCUCAACUUAGGUUCUAAUGGCAACCAUAUAUAAUCUCUCUGUUUUUAUA